UUUGAUAGGCAAGGUGUGAGAAAGCGGCAUGGACUUCUCUUUAUUAAGGAGAGAUCUCUACAUCCAUUAAGUAGAUUUAGGCAUUAAGUAGAUCUACAUCCAGUAAAUAGAGUGAUCAUCAGGCAUUACAUACAGACGUAGACUGACUAAUUUCUUCCAUGGCCUUAUCUACGAUCUCUUCUUCAUCUUCUUCUUCAGUCACCUCUCCAUGGCUCUACGAUGCGUUCUUGAGCUUUAGAGGAGAAGAUACCCGUGAUACUUUUACUGCCCAUCUAUACCAUGCUUUGAUUCAAAAGGGAAUCCGUACCUUCAUAGAUGAUGAUGAAGUUAAAAGGGGUGAUGAGAUUUCACUUGCACUCCUCCAAGCCAUAGAAGAUUCAAGGAUUUCCAUCAUUGUACUAUCAAAAAAUUAUGCAUCGUCAACAUGGUGUUUGGAUGAGUUAGUGAAGAUUCUUAAGUGUAAAAAAUCAAAGCAACAAACAGUUUUACCUGCGUUUUACCACGUAGAUCCAUCAGAUAUUCGAGAUCAAAGAGGAACUUUUGGAGAAGCAUUGGCUAAACAUGCAGAGAAAUUGAAUGGAGACAGCGUGAAGUUGCAGAUGUGGAAGGAUGCCCUUCGAGAAGUUGCUAAUUUGUCCGGAUACCAUCUGAUCAGCAAUGGCCGGAAUGAAUCAAAAUUCAUUAAAAAAAUCGUUCAAGACGUCUCAAGAAUGGCAAAUGAUCAUUUAUAUUUACAAGUUGCUGAGCAUCCCGUUGGAUUAAAACCUCAUGUAGAAGAUGUCAAUUUGUGUUUAAGCGUUGGAAUGAAAGACAUACGAAUAAUAGGAAUUUUUGGAGUUGGGGGAAUCGGUAAGACAACUCUAGCCAAAGCAAUUUAUAACUCGAUUGCUUUUCAAUUUGAAGCUAGUUGUUUUCUUCCAAUUGAUAGCGACACUUGGAAUCAAGUGAAUCGUUUGGUCCAACUGCAACAGACACUUCUUUAUGAGAUUUUAGGACAUUGUAGAAGUUUGAAGGUUGACAAUAUUGAUAAGGGAAUCUAUAUGAUAAAGCGUAGGCUUCACUCUAAGAGAGUUCUUCUAAUUCUUGAUGGUGUAGACCACUUGGAUCAAUUAAAAACAUUAGCAGGAGCUUGUGAUUGGUUUGGCAUAGGAAGUAGAAUCAUAAUCACAACAAGAGAUCAACGAUUGUUGACUGCUCAUGGAGUUGAUUCAACAUAUGAGAUGACGGGAUUGAAUCAAGAUGAUGCUUUUCAACUAUUUUGUUGGCAUGCUUUUAGAAGUGAGAAACCGAUUGACGGUUAUGGAGAGUUUGUAGAGCGGAUCAUAAAUUAUGCUGAGAGCCUUCCACUAGUUUUAACGGUGCUUGGUUCAGAUUUAUAUGGCAGAACUAAAAAAGAGUGGGAAAAUGCAUUGGAUCAGUACAGGAAAAUCCCUCACCAAGAUAUUCAAAAAAUACUUCAAACAAGUUAUGAUAGAUUAAGUGAAAAUGAAAAGAAUGUUUUUCUUGACAUUGCAUGUUUUUUCAAUGGACAAUGGCUUGUUGAUGUCAAUAAGAUACUAGAUAGUUUUGGUUUUUGCCCAAACUUUUGGAUCCCAAGACUUAGGGAGAAGUGUCUUAUUUCGGAGCUCAAUGGAAGGUUGCAAAUGCAUGAUUUGUUACGAGAUAUGGGUAAACAAGUUGUUCGACAAGAAUCGCCCAAAAAUCCUGGAGCACGUAGCAGAUUAUUCUUUCAUAAAGAUGUUCGCGAUGUACUGGAGGAAGAUAUAGGAACAUGUAGAGUUGAAGCAAUUGUUCUAGAUUUUCCUAAAGGUGAUGAUAUUAUCUACUUGGAUCCCAAGGCCUUCAAGAAUUUGAAAAGACUCCGAUUAUUUAUAUGCCGCAAUGCACAGUUUUCUGAAGAACUUAAUUCUCUACCUGAUGGAAUAAUAGUGCUUGAUUGGAGUAACUGUCCUUUACAAUCUAUGCCAUCUAAAUUUCGUGGGGACAAAACUCUCUAUUCUACGCAUGCCCGGUAGUCGCAUCCAAGAGAUACACUUUGAAUAUUUUAAGAAUCUCACGGUUAUGAAAUUCUGGCGUUGUGAAUUCAUAACGAAACUCUCGGAUAUUUCAAGCUGCCCAAAUCUGAAGGAAAUAGAUCUUGGUUUUUGUAAAAAUCUAGUUGAAGUUCAUGAUUCUGUUGGAUUCCUUGAUAACCUUGUUGAGUUGAGAAUUCAUGGAUGUGACAAACUAAAGAGCUUUCCAAGGAGACUCCAAUUGAGAUCUCUGGAACUCCUUGAUCUUGGUUAUUGCUCAAGCCUUCAAAACUUUCCUGAAAUCGAAUGUGAAAUGAAACAUUUACGCAGUGUCGGGUUAUCGGGCACCGCAAUAGA